GAUAUUUUUAUCGCAGCUAGUGAGGAUGAUACGGAGACUAAUCCCAUCCUCCUCCUAUUGUCUCUAAUUCUAUCGACUCAACGAGUCAUCGAUGGACCAAGGCCGUAACUCAUUUUUCACGGCAUGAGGUUGGUUGGGAUUCGGGCGGCGACCAAGGCACCGCCGGAGUAUCUGCCGAGUCUCUUGGGUCUUGCCCCUGGAUUUUCCCCCGGUGGGGCGCUUCAGCAUCCAUCCAUCCAUCCAUCCAUCAGCCAUGCAGGACGAGCCGUCCGAUCGCCGUCCUGCAGUGUCGGCGUGUUCAAAGCGCUCCGUACGAAGUACCUCCGGAGGGUCGAGGUAGAGACAGGGGAGGUUCCAAUGCUCUGGAUGGGGUCCCGGACCGCGACCUGCUCUCCCAUUAUCUGGCCAGCGGGCGAAUCUUAUCGGACGAGAAUCCAACGACGGCCUUGUAGGACCAACAUUGCUGCCCAGCCCUGCAUCAGGUUGCGGAUGAGCCACGAGGAAUGUCUGGACCUGCUCAAUCAGGCAGCCCCAGCGCCAAUGAACCUGGCGCGCUUCGCUAGAGGGCGUCCCAAUCGAAGCAUGCUCUCAUCCAUACCAGAGCCUGGAACUAGUGCGUAGCGGAGGCCUCCCUUCGCGCUGUCAAACAAUGAAUUCCAGCCGCAAGCCAUGCCACCAAGCCAUGCCCGCUGAUCGGGGCGCGCGAUACCAGGACCGAUUGAAAUGUGAACUGGGUACGAUCUGGCCAGCGCGAAUAUGUUGAUCAGAACCCUGGACGAGUGU